UAUUCUAAAAAUAGUAACUACGUCAAAAAUUGUCAUUUUACGCACUCCUCCUACGCAUGAGCAAGGUAUUGUGGGAAAUGAUCAAGAUGGCCGAUGGUAAAGAUGAUUCGGAUUUGUUUAUGUCGGUAAAAGUUGAAGAGACGAAGAGAAUAUGUAAAGUGUCGGUUUCAUCUAAAACCACUGGAAAAGAUGUCGUUGAGCUAUUGAAGCCAGACGAUGAAAAAACUUACGUUUUAAUUGAAAUUUGGAAGGGCUGUGAAAGACCAAUUAAAGAAGAUGAAAAGAUUAAGAAUGCUUUAAUACAAUGGGGAAGUGAUGUUGAGGAUGUUGUGUUUUUGCUCAAACAAAAACGUUCUUCAAAACAGAAACAGAGUAAAACCUCUGAAAAACAAAGCUCUUCAAAUGCUGAUAAACUUUUAAAGAAGCAACGGCUUGUCGAAAGUCUUGAAAAAGAACUACAAGAGAAGGGAAAACAGUUAAAAUCCCUUAGGCAAAAAGAGCAUGUAUCAAAAAAUUUUCAAUCAAAGUAUGUCAGACUGUUGGAGUAUCGAGUGAUUGAGCAAGAUGAAAAGUUGUUAGGCUUACAAUCUAUACAAGAUGAACUUUUUCAGACGAGAUUGGAGAACGAAAACCUAGUCAUAGAACUGGAUCGUUUGAGGUCAAUGCUUGUAUUGAAGCAUCAGCAAUUAGCAGAAGCAACCGCUAGAGUGGAGCUUUUGACUCGUGAACUGGCAAUAUCUUCUCAACAACAGAACAUCAAACUUCCACAUCACUUACAUGGAAAUAAUGGUCGCUCUUUUGACCAUGGCAUGUUAAAAGAACACAUUCAUCUUAGGAGUAGGUCUUGGCAAAAUGACGAUGAAAAUGACACAGAAACAAGUGCUGACUCAGGUCAUGUAUCAAAUGACUCCCCUUCAUAUCAACAUAGACUUGCUCCAGGUUUCCAGUUUUUUCCUUCUCCUCCAGAUAUGUACAGUGGAAAGAUGGAAAACUUUGAACUGCAUUCUGAAUUUGAUAGGAAUGUUAAGCCCUACCCUAGUGAAAGGUUUGGUUUAUAUGAUGCUGGAGUGUAUCAUGGAUUUGAUGGGCAAACCAAUCACCAUCACCUUAAACUACAGCAAUUGCAAAACAAACUUCCAGGUGAGGUGGGUGUUAAAAAUUUACCAAGACAAUAUGGAACCAUCUCACCACCAUCGUCGUUAUCAUCUAUGUAUUCAGAAUCAUCGAGAAGUGAGAGUUUUCUAAGCAACUCUAUUGAUAGUACAUUAUUAUCUUUGGGAGAUGAUUCAAGUACAUCCAGUGUUCAUUCGAGAUCAAGUACCCCUACCAACAACCGCAAACAAGUUUUAGUAUCACCAAACUCAGCUGAGAUGCCAGAUUUAAGGCAUAGCACACAAUUUGACACAUCUUCCUCAAAACAUUCAUUAUUGCAUCCCAACAACAUGGCCUCAGAUGACUUGAAAAGAACUGCAGGAUCAAUAUCACUGUAUCAUAGAAAUCGUACGGGAUCACUUGAUAACAAUAAUUCCAAGAAAACCGAAGUAUUGCAUCAGCAAUCACAAUCAACAAUGGAACAGGAGAAUAUUCCUCCCAAUAUUACUUUUGUUCCUGAGAAAAGUAAUGUGAGUAGCAGUGUUGUAUCACCAAGUUUGGCCCGAAGUUCCAAAGAAUUUCAACCAAAUCACUCACUUAAACUACCCAGUUCACCUGUUACACUGAAAGAUGAUUUGGUGAAAAAUAAUCAUGUUCCAAGGCCCACAAUUCUUGAUUUACCAAAGCAAAAUUCAAGAACUCUCCCUCAGCAGGGCAUAACUCGCAAAAAAUCUCCAUUAUCACAAAGAAAGUUCACUCCUCCAGGAGAUUAUGUCCACGAUACAAAGGUUUUCUACUCGGCUCAGAGAGAUACUACAAGUAGUCCUGCAAACUUCUCACAUUCAAGAGAUGAUCGAAAGAUGUUGACAGGUUCCGCAAAUCAAAAGGAGGAAGCAAAGAGUGUUGCUUGCAAUACUAAAAAAAAAUGUGAUUCUGUCAGCACUGAAGACCAAUGUAAUAGUGAGGGACUGGAAAUGAGUAACAUAACAUCAUUGAAAAGCAAUUCACUGACAAGAUUGUCUUCACCAGAAAUAAAGGGACUCCUGCAUGACAUGUCUACUUUCAAGAUGACAAUGAGGGAUGUUAAACCAAUACAGAUUCAGACAAAAGCAGAGAAAGACUCUGACAAUAAUCCAACUUCAAAACAAACUGAAAUAGCUACAACAACAUCAGCUGAGAACCAUAGUCGCCGAGCAUUUUAUAAACCACCAAAACCUGUACCAAGAAAGAGAACAAAAACACCUCCACUUCGUGCGUCAGCUUCGCAGAGUAGUCAGAACUCACAGCAAAUACUUGCUUCUGAGUUGAUUGUAAAAGAUGAAGAAAAAAAUGUGGACAACAUGCCAAAUUUAACAAGCAAAAAUGAAGAUAGAACAUUAGAUUUAGGGCUUGGUAAUAAAGCAUAUGAUUCCAUUUUGAGAAGCUCAAAACACAAAGGUAGAAAAAGUGGAAAGAGAGUGAGCUUGGACCCUCAUGCUGUCUUGCUACAUGCUGCACUUGAAGGAGAACUGGAGCUAGUGAAGAAUGUAAUUCAUCAGGUGGAGGAUCCUAGUUAUCCAAACAAUGAAGGUCUUACAGCAUUACAUCAUGCAGUUUGUAACAGUCAUGAUGAUAUUGUGAAGUUCUUGGUGCAAUAUGGUUGUGACAUUAAUGCAGCAGACAUGCAAGGAUGGACAUCAUUGCAUUGUGCUGCAGCUAACAACAGUGUCAGUAUGUGUAAGUUUCUUAUAAACCAUGGAGCAUGUGUGUUUGCUAUUACAUCUAUCGAGGGCAAGACACCUUCUCGUUGUUGUGAGAAAGAUUUGGAGAACUUUGAUGAAUGCUUUACAUAUCUUACUGAAAUCGAAAACAACUUUGGUGUAACCAAUGAAGGAGUUGUUUAUGCUGUGUAUGCAUACGAAGCUAAGCAAAAAGAUGAGCUUAGUUUUGAAUGUGGUGAACGUUUAACUGUUGUACGUCGAGGUGAUGUAACAGAGAAAGACUGGUGGUGGGCACAAGACAUUCAUAACAAGUUUGGAUACAUACCUCAAAACCUGCUUGGGUUGCAGCCUCGUGUUGCACCUGAUGUGUAACAAAGCUACACGAUGUCAACAUAUCUAUUCAUAUUUAAUACCCAAGAAGUUAUGACAAUAUAGCUUUUAGCCACAAAUUAUACAUGUAACUUACUUUCCUUAAAAUAUGUAACUAAUAUAACAACAAAUUAAAUAUUUAAUUAAUGCAGAAUAGAAUCCAAUAUACAUUUUAUUGUAAAUAUUGUAAGAGUAAAAAACAUAAUAUUUACAGAUGAGUAAUACAUACACCAACAUAUAGUA